AAGCUUCAUGCAACAUUGUGCCUGUACUCGACAUGAAAACCAGGAAGUAAACUUUCCUGUGAACGAUGGAGCAAAGUUCCAGUGAAACCAGUGAAAAAACCUUCACCUGCCAGUUGUGUGGUUUAAGCAGCUCUUAUAGUUACUACGGACAGAAACCACCAAACACUAGAGCCAUAGUGUUGCUGGAGGAGUGCUUUGUGACAAGGGAUCCCUUCAGUCCGGACAGGGAGAAGUUCCUGGUGCUGGGCUCCACCUGCAGCCUGUGCAGCCUCUGUGUCUGUGCUGGAUCGGACUGCAGUCUCUUCUACACCAAGAGGUUCUGCAUGCAGUGUGUGAACAAACACCUGGACCAGUUCCCUCACCAGAUCCAGUCCGAGUUGGCCAAGAAGAAGCAGAGCUCCAAGGCUGCCGUGUCAUGACGUCCGACGAGACAUCCGUAAUCUGCUCAGGUGUCUUGGACGAAUAGCUUUUGUCAUGAAUAGUUUUUUAAUGCACUUUUUGAUUAAAUCCAUACUGGAUGAAACUAUAAUUACACAAAGCUGAACAACAAAACAUCCUGUACUGAAUCCACGUCACUCUCGGUUAUGACCACUCUGAUUGGAAACACACAUCCAUCACAAAAGUACAAAUCCAUCCUUGCGGCCAGGAUGUUAACCUGCUGCAUUAUAGGUUUUAUUUGUUUAUUGCAGAGUUUUAUAGAAGUAAACUGCAGGUGUGAGGAGUGCUGCCAGACCUCUGUUGGAUUGUGUUUGCAGGCUCACAAUCAAACCUCCCAAUUAAAAAUGGCUGACAGUUUAAAAUCUGAACUUUCUCCCAAUUUUCUGUUGCGGUCCAACUCUUUACAGGCAUUUAAAAAAAAACAUAUACACUGCAACAAAAAAAAUAUGUUUUAUUCAGUGGAGCACAUUUUCUAUGCUAUAUAAAUUCAUAAUCAAAUAAGGAUGAACAGUUUUAAAUUAUAAACAUGUUUUCAGUUAUGACCAUGAUGCUCAUCUAAGCCCACAGCAGCUAUUCUAGUCUCUCUGUAAAUAAUUCCAACAAUAUUACAGCCAUGAGUGUAUGAGUCAAAAGAGCAAAGUGGAAGCAAUAGUUCACUUGCAAGUCACACUCAGGCAUAGAUUCGUGUUUCCACUGCCGUCAAAGUGGAAAAAAUAAAAUAAAUGUUUUUCAAGUUUUAAUGAGCCUGUUUUUUUUUUUUUUACAAGAGAACACAUUUUUACUGCUUUUCAGCAACAUAUGGUAACAUUAACGGCACAUCCUCUAAUAUUACACACAUGUUCACAGUGACACAUCGUUUGCAAAGGGCAUCACAGCUCGAACUUUGAUUCCUGUUUGUUCAUUGUCAAAGCUUGAAGUGUUGACUUCUGUCGAGUCCAAAAUAGUUUUUGUUCUGAAAUCAUAAAAAACAUCAAACACAAAAA